AUGUGUCAACAGUACUUCACCAUAUACUCCUGGUGCCACUGCGAGGAGGCCGCCGGCGAACAUUACUGCACGGAGCGCAGCCGCGACAGCUGCCCCAGUAUCGACAUCCAAACGGUCCACAUGCAAUGUUUCUGCCACCUGCACGCCACGCGCGGCUUCAAGUCGGAGCGCAAGUGUCGCAAGCACGAGCGCAAGCAGGAGCGCAAACGCCUGUCGAUGAUGAGCGCCUCCACCAGCUCCACCGGCAGCACCAGCAGCGAGAAGAGCUCGCUGGAGCCUCGGCGCAAGUGGUAUCACUUCCACUUCCGAUCGCGGACGUUCUAG